UAUGUUAGUGCCGGCGUGAACACUUUGAGUUGGUGUGGUGUUACCUCCUGUCCUUUUCGGCUUAUUUCUGUCUAGAGUGCAUAUUUCAGAAGAGUUGGAAAACCCCCUCAUACAGUAGCACCAGGACUGGGGGCCAAGCAGGAGGAAACGUAUUACGGGGACCAGAAGCGAGGAGACAAUGCGAGUCCACGUGCACACCAAGUUCUGUUUCCUGUGUGUGUUCACCUUCCUCUUUCAUCAGUGCAGCCACUGCCAUGGAGAUGGGCACAGCCAUCAGCACAGUGGGCAUCACCAUGCCAACCACAACCACGUCCACAGCGACCUGCAGAUUUCUGAGGCUCCGUACGUGAGAGGAGCCACUGUGUCACCGGAGUCCAAGGAUACCCAAGGGGACGCUCUAGAGGAGGAGCAGCGCUUCUACAUCCAGCAGCUGUUCAGGCGCUACGGCCAGAAGGACCGGCUAGACUUCCAGGGAUUUCAGAGUCUGCUGUUCAGCUUGGGUUUGGGUGAAGUGAAGGUGGUAGGUGUGGAUCAUGAGGAUCUGGGUCAUGACCAUGUAGCCCACCUGGACUUGUUGGAUAUGCAAGAGGGGCUUCACUCACAUUCAUCCACCAAUGAAGGCCAUGAUAAGGGUCACGGGCACGGUCAUCCACACCACAAGCCCAGUGCCCAACAUCCACACACAGAACGAGUUCCUACACGGUGCAGCCAGCAGACCACUGCUGCCAGUCCAGCUGCUGGCGCACUUACAGGGGACGACCAUAAACACGAUCACGAUCAAGAUCAAGAUCAAGAUCAAGAUCACAAUCAUGGACAUAAUGCAGAACAUAAUCUUGAUCACACCAAGGUAAAGGAUAGUGACCAUAAACAUUCUGAUGGACAUGUGGAGGACACACAUGACCAUGAUAACACACAUGACAAAGACAAACAUGAGCAGGUGCAGGUGCAGUCUAACCACAAGGACAUGAAUUCUCAACCUCACAGUGAUCAUGACCACAGUGAUCAUGACCACAACAACAAUCAUGUUAAUCAAACACAGACCGGCACAGAAAUUCCUCCCAUCAACCAGGAACAGGGACCCUCUGCCCACUUGGAGCCGUCCCAAGUCCCUCAGGAGCCACAGUCCUCGCCUGCCCUGACAGAAGGCAAGGCCAAGAAGCCCAGAAAUCCAGCUCGGGCCAGAGGACAACGAGGGCGAAACAAAACCACUUCACCUCCCACAUCUACAUCUGAAGACCAUGACCACAAACAUGAACACAGACACGGUCACAGUCACUCUCAUAAAGAUAAGAGAGAAGCACCAGGAGCGCCCGCCACCCCCACAUUACCAGCCCAGGUCCUGCCUCUGCAUCCAGGUGGAUUGUCACAUCAGCAUGAGGAGUGCUUGAACCUGACUCAGCUCCUCACCUACUAUGGCCUGAACCCUGAGUCACUCAUCUCCCCCAGCCAGUUCACCUACCUGUGUCCUGCCCUGCUCUACCAGAUAGAUAGUCGUGUCUGCAUCCGCCAUUACCACCAGAUGGAUGUGGAGCAGGAAGCCUUGGAGCCCAUCAGUUCCGUGUGGGUCUGGGUCUGGGGCUUUGUGUCCAUCACCAUCAUUAGCCUGCUGUCUCUGCUGGGCGUGGUCCUCGUGCCUAUCCUCAACCAAGGCUGCUUCAAGUUUCUGCUCACCUUCCUGGUGGCGCUGGCAGUGGGCACGCUCAGUGGCGACGCUCUCCUUCACCUGCUGCCUCACUCUCAAGGGCAGCACGACCACAGCGAGCCAGGGACAAGCCACGACACCAAUCUGGUAACAGAGUUUGAUGGAGUCUGGAAGGGCCUAACAGCUCUAGCCGGCAUCUACCUCCUCUUCAUCAUCGAACACUGUAUCGGCAUGUUCAAACAUUACAAAGACCAAAGGGGCAUGAAGAAGGUGAAUGAGGAGGGGAAGAUUGGCAGGAAGUUGUCAGAUCACAAGUUAAAUCGGCGCUCAGAUGCAGAGUGGCUGCACCUGAAGCCACUCAGUGAAGACCCCGACAGCACGGCCAUCUCCUGCGACAACGGUCACAACGACACACAGCUCACGGAACUCCAGACACCCGACUCCCCCACUAACAAGACGCCGCUGGCAGCCACAAACUCCCAACAGGACCGCCACUCACCCACCAAGGAGAACGGACGCAAGGCCAAGCAGCACAGUCACGGGCACAGCCACUCACAUGGCCAUGGGCACUCUCAUGGUGGGAACUGCCACUCCGACCAGGAGAUGAAGGAUGCUGGUAUAGCCAGCAUCGCCUGGAUGGUCAUCAUGGGCGAUGGCAUGCAUAACUUCAGUGACGGCCUGGCCAUAGGUGCAGCGUUCAGUGCAAACCUGACAGGAGGCAUCAGCACAUCAGUGGCUGUUUUCUGCCACGAAUUACCUCAUGAGCUUGGUGACUUUGCGGUGCUGCUGAAAGCUGGGAUGACAGUGAAGCAGGCCAUUGUCUACAAUCUGCUGUCCGCCCUCAUGGCCUACGUUGGCAUGAUGAUUGGCACAGUUGUGGGCCAGUACACACACAAUGUCACCAACUGGAUCUUCGCCAUCACAGCUGGCAUGUUCCUUUAUGUGGCUCUGGUGGAUAUGCUGCCAGAAAUGCUUCACGGGGACAGCGAGGACCACAAGCGUUGCCAGCUGGGACACUUUAUCCUGCAGAACCUGGGCAUGCUGACCGGGUUCGGCAUCAUGCUGCUCAUCGCCAUCUUCGAAGAUCGCAUCGUUUUUGAUUUUGGCUUUUAGUAGAGGAGAGAGGGACGGGGGAGCUGGAUGUUUCAGUAUUGUUCUUCUUGGCCUUAACAUGCUUCGUUUGCAGUGUAUCGGCCCAGUCUUGCAUGCAGUGUGAGUCUCGUUCAUGGCUCGUGCCUCCGCUCCGAACAUGCAACGAUAGUUUAUGCAUAUCUCAUGACUCUGCUAGUGAUGUUUACUCUCUGCUCCACUGUCACCUCUCCUCUGUCAGCCCCAAUUUGUCUGCUCCCCGAGCAGCAACAAAAAAAAAAGGCUGAAUGAAAGAAGAGCGAGGCUGCACUCCAUCCAGAAAACACCACCCCUGCUCUCGACCAGUUAACUCCAUCUAAAAAAGAAGGGCUGUAGAUACUGAGGUGGUUUAGGACCCACGGUGGUGCAGAGACGCAGCUGUCACAGCCCAGCAGCUCGCCGCCUAUCCAUCAUCACCUGUUGUUAAACGUGUUGUCGUCGUACCCCUCCCACAUCCUCGUCUCUCAUCCACCCUGUGCUGUGUCCCAUCAUCCAUGCCUCCUACAUCUGUGGUGUGAGUGUCCCAUCCGCCAUCCAUCACCAGCUGUGGAUGUCAUCACGCCAUGUAUCAAACAUCUCGUGUCUCUGUGUGCCAAGCCCUGGCCACUGGAGCAGCACCACAGCUGCUCUAGCACAGUGUAAAGAGACGCAGAGCCUGGUCUAGCUCGCUCCAACAUCUGGAAUUAACCCUUUAGCUCGCGUUGCUUCACCUGCGAAAAUGUUUCCACAGCUUUUAAGCUGCAGUGUCAAAACAGAAACAUGUUCCCCUGACUAUAUGUGGGAGAUGAUCUAAAUGACUCAGUGUUAUUAUUCAAUUGCAACUUUAUCCAUUUGUUAAUUUUGAGUUAUUUUUAAUUGUCAAAUUAGAUUGUUGGGAUUAUUAAACCUAUUGUAGUUCAUAGUAAAAACUAAUGCAGCUGCCAAAGCCUUUACAAAUUAGCAUUUAAAGUAAUAAUGUUUUUUCUUUAGAAACCUAGAAAUCACAAGUGUCUGACUUUUUUUUAAGGGUUUGACAAUCUGUAGCCAAAUGAGACAUAUCCUUAGGCGUUUUACUUUAUCUCUCUUUACAAGAAUCAGCAGCUUCAAAAUGUGAAAACUAGUUAUUAUUCUUCAUCAGAAAGUGUUGUAGUUUACUAGAUUCAUUUAGGGUGCCUCUUUGAGUUCCUAAAAGGUGCUUUGUCUGAUGGGACUGCCCUGCAGUGGACAUUUAAUUACAGUAGGAGGUUGAGUUGUCACACUAAUGCAGAUUUCUUGAAGUACUGUAAAUACAUGAGGUCUUUAUAGUGUCAGUAGCUGAGCAGAGCAGCUUAAAGCAAACGUUUGUUCCUGCUAAUAGUUUUGAAGAAUCACUGAACUUCCUGACAAUCGCAGACAGACCAAGCAAAAGACAGUACUCUUGUUUCACAGCAAGAUGAUGCACAGUGUGCUUUCAUAUGAGCAUUCCCUGCACUUGUAGUGGAUGAUAAACCCAGGUUGUCAAACCAGAGGAUCAUUAUUAUUACUAUUAUUAUUAUUAUUAUUAUUCUUAUUAUUAUUAUUAUUAUUAUCAUUAUUAUUAUUAUUAAUAAUAUUUUUACAAGCAUUCCUCAUGUAUGUUUGGGUGUGAACAUUAAAGUCUGGUGACUGUGCCAAAACUAGCCCGAGUGUGGAAUUUCAGUGGCUGGUGCUCGACACCUCCCCGCCCCUGCCCCAACCCCCGACAUUCCAUUGGCUACUCUGCUGCUCACAUGCUAAGCUAGCUAGCCCUAGCUUCAGCUGCUGGAGCACACAGAUGAUGUGUGUGGCUUCAUUUAUCCUGUCACUGUGUGACAUCCAUCGUCUAUGUCUUAACUGGCUGUAAGUCAUCGUCAGUCAUAUUGAGCUCAUGUUAUCGAUCUGACUGAUUCAUGCAUGAAGCAUGAGUGAAACGGUACAGACGUCGUGUCGAGUGUAAAAUUGUUUUCAUUCUUUGUACUGCAAAGUUAAAAUAUUGACAACCUUUGUUACUUUUUAAAUGAAGCGAGUGUGAAGGUAAUGAGACGUUGUUUGGGGUGUAGUGUAACUAGUGUUACGAGCCUUUUUUGUUAGCUAACAGCAAAUAUGCAGGUGGCAGAAUAUAGCUCAUCAUCUUCUAUAUCUUUUUACAAGCAUUUUUUUAUUCCAUCUUGUGUUCAUAUUUAAAUUUAGUGCAAAAAAAAAUUAAAACGACUUGAAUGUAAUUUCACUCUGUUCUAACAUCAAAUAAGCUAAUCAUCAUCUGCUCUUUAAAACAGGAGUUCAUACUAUUCAGUCAUUUCUAAACUGUCCUGUCAUGUAUUUGAUAAGAGUUAGUGACACUUAAGACUCUAUGCCCCAAAUACAAAGUUUCUUCACUGUUAAUUGGGCAAAGAAAAUUGUCCAUAAAAUUAAAGUCUAUGAUUGUUCUCUUUUUUGCUUUGUUGUCUGUAUAUUUGUUUAGUAAUCUGGAUAUGAAAUGUAAAAUGUGACAUCCGUGCUGUUUGCCUGUCUGUGCAUUGUCCCCUUUACGAAAAGAAAAUAAAAACUCUGAAAA